AUGGCUAAAGUCCAAGAAUUUACAUCUCUGACAAUUCAUAAAACCACACUUGUGCAGUCAAAGGUGAAUCUAGUAUACAUCAACCCAAGAAUACCCCACAACGAUACGGAUUUUAUUCUUCUUGACACCACCUAUCUCUAUGCCUUCCAAGCAGAUCCAGAUAUACCACCCCACAAUAUUGCACUAAGCAAGAUUCAGCGUGAGUUUGUAAAUAAGACAGUAAGCACAGAUAAAAUAGACAUUGACUUUAUAGACAGAAAAUACAUCGAUUCUAUCAAUGUAAUUAAGUUUAGUGUUGAGACUAUAAACAUGUGCAACAUAGAUAUUGAUGCUGGUGUUUUGAAAGAUGCUAUAAGGAGCAGCUACGAAGGCUUUCCAUUUAACACCUCCCAGAAGCUGUAUUUAACCGCAGAGUCACACCCAGAUAUCAUCUUUGUGCUUGGUGUUGUGGAGAUAAUCUGCGAUACAAAACAACCAUAUGGUAUUCUUGUUGAUUCUACGGACAUAUCAGUCUCAUCGACCUCAACAAGAGUUAACAUUACCAACAAUAUGUCUGGAAAUCUUUUGCUGGAUCCCAGCUUUAGUUUUGAACAUUUGGGAAUAGGCGGGUUGAAGAAGGAGUUUGAGCAGAUGUUUAGGCGAGCGUUUGUCCAGAGACUAUUUGGACCUUCAGUUAUAAAGAAAAUGGGAAUCCCGCAUGUCAAGGGAAUAAUGCUAUAUGGCCCUCCGGGAACUGGCAAGACGCUAAUUGCCAGAAAGCUUGGAUCCUUAUUGAAUGCGAGGCCACCGAAGAUUGUCAAUGGGCCUGAAAUAUUAAACAAGUAUGUUGGACAGAGCGAAGAAAACAUACGAAAUCUAUUCAAAGAUGCAGAAGAUGAAUGGGAAAAAAUGAAAGAAGAGUCUCAGCUUCACAUCAUAAUUUUUGAUGAGAUAGAUGCUAUUUGCAAGAGAAGAGGCUCUGGUGGGCCAUCGGGGGUUGGGGACCAGGUUGUAAACCAGCUGCUAAGCAAGAUUGAUGGUGUUGAGUCACUCGAUAAUAUUCUAGUGAUAGGAAUGACCAAUCGAUUGGAUUUGAUAGACGAUGCCCUACUGCGGCCAGGCAGAUUUGAAAUUCAUCUUGAGAUAUCGUUACCCGAUGAGCCGGCAAGGCUUGAGAUCUUCCAGAUUCACACAAAGCAAAUGAGUGGCAACAACUACCUAGACAAGAAUGUGGACUUUCCACAGCUUUCCAAAAUGUCUAAGAACUACACUGGGGCAGAGAUAGCAGCAGUGGUUCGAGGAGCAAGCUCCUUUGCAUUAGAAAGGAAGGUCAAGAGUGAAGAGGGCAACAGGCUUGUAGCUGAUGAGAACAUUUUAAUAACGAUGGAGGAUAUGCUUAAUGCACUUAACGAAAUUAAGCCCGCUUUCGGAUUCAAUGAGGAGGAAUUUGAGACAUUUAACAGAGUUUUCUAUGAAACAGAUAAUAUUACUGCCGCUGUCAAUAUUGGAAAGGUGUACAUUUCAGCACUUAGAAAUACAAAUUUAUACAAUACCAACUCCCUAUUGUUCUAUGGAGAUAAUGGGUCUGGAAAAACCACGUUGGCUGUAAGGGUGGCGCUUCAGAGCAGUUUCCGCUGA